UGGUUCUUCUUUGAAUCCUGUGUUUUCUUUGUCCUUUUCUUUUUCUCUCUCUCUUUUGGCUAGAACUGGGUGUCAUCCCCAUGGAACACAUUGAAUCUUACUUUUGACUCUGGAUAUACCCCCAAACCGGUAGCUCGUGUUUCUGCUUUGACAGGAACUAAUUACCUGCAUAUAAUCACAUAAUCUCGUCUCUCACAAAACCACCAUGGGGGAUAUUAAUGGAGAAAGAUCCUAUGCCGGGGAAGGGGACGGUGGACUUGGUGGCGACCCCUCAACAUCGACGACAACGACGACAACAGACUUAUUCAACGGCAAGACAACAACGUCAGAAACCUCAACCACAACCGCAACAGGUGAAAACUUCGGGUUUGGCAGUUCGGAUCCCAGCGCCACUACCAGUACACAGCCGGAGACGGGAGCAACCCUCCCCGCUACCAGCCAGAUCACCUCAUCCUUCACCUCAUUUACCACCAGCACUACCGCCUCCGCAGCGUCUAGUAGCAGUACAAGCACAGGGAAGAGCAGCAGCGGCGGAGGAGGAGGCGGUACCAACACUAAGACUAUCGCCAUCGCAGUCCCCGUCGCGGUGGUGGGAGCCCUGCUCGUCGCGGGCGUGAUCUUCUUCUUCCUCUGGCGCAAACGCAAGAGAAGCCGCGCCCUCGCAACUUCCAGCAAGGAGGCUGUUGCCAUGACGCAGGCUUCGGGAGCUGCUCUCCUCCCUCAAUCAGAACGCGGAUGGGACGGGCCUAUUCCCUCAACACAGAUUUCAAGACGUCCAGUCCCAGGAAACACCGGCAACAGCAAUACUUCCAACCCUUCCUAUCAAGUUGCACCGAUGCAAAGUCCAGGCAUCCCUGAAGGAGGAGGAGCAGGAGGAGCAGCAGCAGCAGUACUGUCCACUCACCAACAUACAAGCCAACACGAUCUCACAGAAGAGAACAUGGCGGCACUAGCAUACUCGCAUUCCCACGAGGACCGGGACCGGCCACGCUCGCCCUUUGAAGAUCCGCACAACGACGCCGUCUCGGCCGUCUCGGACAUGGACGAUGUCCCGCGCGACGGACAUAUCGGUUCGCACGGACUAGACGAUGAUGUCUCGUCUGUUUCGUCAAUGGGAGAGGAUCAUGCUCGGUAGUUAGUCAUUGGUUAGUACUAAUGCUUCAUGAUUCUGUAUAUACUGU